CGAAGGUGCAACGAGACCUUUAGAGUCUCGGGUUAGUCUGUUGUCAACCAACAGCGAGGAAGCAUGGACUUCACAUCACUUUGCACUGUUGUUGCUGUUGUGAGAAUCCUUUCCAACAAGUCACAGUUCUUUCUGCACGAUUCAGUUAAGCUGAGCUGUGUGGACAAUAAAAACUCUUCUGACUGGAGAAUAAUGAGAAACACGACGAACAUCAAAAACAACGAGUGUUCAUCAACCUGGGGAAAGAGAAAUGGGUCAAACUGCCUAAUCGAUGCUGUUUACCUGUUUGACAGUGGACAGUACUGGUGUGAGUCCGGAACCGGAGCAUGCAGCGAGGUUAUAAAUGUUACUGUAACAGAUGGCCCUGUGAUCCUAGAGAAUCCUGCCCUUCCUGUAGCAGAGGGGGAAGCUGUGAUUCUGCGCUGCAUCCAUAACAAGGCCUCCUCCUUCAAUCUCACUCAGUUUUAUAAAGAUGGCCUCCUGAUUGGGAGCAGCUCGACUGGAACCGUCACCAUCCGUGAUGUUUCUAGGUCUGAUGAAGGCCUCUAUAAGUGUAACAUUACAGGAGCCGGUGAAUCCCCAGAGAGCUGGCUGUCAGUCAGAGGUAGCAAGCCUGACUCUUUUCACUUUCAUCCCACACACUUGUUACUUCCUGUUGUUGCCGUCUGUCUCUUGUUUGCCUCUGCGAUGCUGCUAUAUCUCUGGAGGAAUCUAAAAGCUAAAGUGGACGAUGACGUGUCCUACACUGAUGUUACCUUCCCACAGAAACUGCCAAAGACAAAUGCAGAGAUACCUUCUGAACCAACACUAUACUCAACAAUCAAACCAGGAGCCUGCUGAAGGGAUCCCACCUGCAAUGAUCACAUUUAAACGUCUUGUUAGAUUUUUACAUAUGUUGUCUGAUUACUUUGAUGUAUUUUUCAAG